AUGUACAUUGACGAGAACACACAACCACGACAUGCUCGCCCGGUGACAAUACGCCCCCAGACCGUCGAAAUGGAACAGACGGAAACCCUCACCACCAAGCAGCAGGUGGUGGACACAGUGCCCAAACGCAUCAAAUCGCUCCAGUUCGGCCUACUGAGUCCACCGGAUGUUGUCGCUCAGUCGGUUGUCGCAGUCAAGGAUCGCAAUCUAUACGACAUCUCAGACCGACCCGGAGCUGCGCGCACAAUCACGAACCACGGACCUCUCGACCCGCGACUCGGCACAUCCUCGAAGAACGGGACAUGCUCCACCUGCCAGCAGAGCCUGAAGGAGUGCAAUGGACACUUUGGGCAUGUGAAGCUGGCCCUUCCUUGCUUUCACUAUGGAUAUUUGAAGAGGAUCAUAGAGGCGCUGAACUGCGUUUGCAAGGACUGCAGUAAGGUCUUGCUGCCAGAAAAGGACAAGAGAGCGUACUUGAAGCAGUUGCGCCGGCCAGGACUGGACGGCUUGAGAAAGGAUGUCGUUAUCAAGAGGAUAUCGGGAGACUGCCGAAAGGUCAAGGUCUGUCCACACUGCCAAUCAUACAACGGACCGGUGAGGAAAGUGGCAGGACAUCCAAUCAAGAUGUUCCACAACAAAUAUGCCGUCUACACAAAUUCCAAUGCCAAGAGCAAGCAAAAGCCUCCGGACAUGCAGGCCUUUGAGAAGACAUUUGAAGAGGCCAGCAAGACAAUUCCCGACGUGGAGCGCCACAUGAAGCGUGCAGUGGACGAUCUCACACCACUCCGGGUGCUGAACAUCCUGAAGAAGGUUCAAAAUGUGGACGUCGAGCUGUUGGGUAUGGAUCCUCACAGUGGUGGCAGACCGGAGUAUAUGAUAUGGACACACAUCCCAGCACCACCUGUCGCGAUUCGGCCCUCUGUUGCGCAGGAAACUGCCAGCACCGAGGACGACAUCACGAACAAGCUGGGCGAUAUCAUCCAAAUCAACAACUUGAUGCUUGCGGCUCUGUCUGCUGGACAGCCGCUAGUCAAAGUCAUGGAGCUGUGGGAGUUCAUGCAAGUUCAGAUCGCCAUGUACAUUGACGGAAAUCUACCUGGCCUUGGCAGAGACAGUGCCUAUGGCAAGGCCAUGCGCGGGUUCUGUCAGCGUCUCAAGGGUAAACAAGGUCGCUUUCGUGGCAAUCUCUCGGGUAAACGUGUGGACUUCUCUGGGCGAACUGUGAUCUCUCCUGACCCCAACUUGGCCAUCGACGAGGUUGCAGUGCCGCAACGAGUGGCCGUGAAUAUGACCUAUCCGGAACGAGUAACGAAACACAACUUCACGAAGCUCAAGGAAUGCAUCAAGAGAGGCGACAAAGUGCAUCCUGGAGCCAACUACAUCAUUAAGGGUCGAGACAAGAGGAGGAUCGUGCUCAGAAUGGUCGGCCUGAAAGGGGACUUACAUAAAGUUGCCGAUCAGCUGGAGAUUGGUGACACGGUUGAGCGACAUCUUGAGGAUGGCGACAUCGUGCUAUUCAACAGACAACCCUCACUUCACAAACUGUCUAUCCUAUCACACAGAGCCAAGAUUCGACCAUGGAGAACAUUCCGCCUGAACGAGUGUGUGUGCAAUCCUUACAACGCGGAUUUUGACGGAGAUGAGAUGAACUUGCACGUACCACAGACUGAGGAAGCGCGGACUGAAGCCACAGAACUUAUGGGCGUCAAGCACAAUCUCGCGACGCCAAAGAACGGCACACCCAUCAUCGCCGCCAUUCAGGACUUCAUCACAGGUGCAUAUCUCAUCAGCCAAAAAGACCUGUUCUUCAGUCGGCGGCAGUUUACACAUGUUGUGAGCUUCAUGUACAACGCCGUGGAGGUCACAGAUCCCUGCACUGGCAAGAAGUACCCCAUCGAGAUUCCCCCACCUGCGAUAUGGAAGCCUCAGACACUAUGGACUGGUAAGCAGAUCUGGAACCUCCUCAUGAAACCACAUAGGGACUACCCUGUCAACGUCAAUCUCGAAGCCAAGCUCAAGCAGUUUGCGCCGCCCUCGAGACCUGGAGAUGCCAAUGACAUGGUCGAUUCUGACUCUUACCUGGUCAUCAGGAACAGCGAGACGAUGUGCGGCGCGUUCGACAAGGCAACGAUCGGUGAUGGUAAGAAGACCAGUGUCUUCUAUGUCAUCAUGCGAGAUUUUGGUCCAGAUUAUGCUGCCGCUGCCAUGACCAGACUCGCAAAGUUGUCGGCCCGAUGGCUUGGUGAGCGAGGUUUCUCUAUUGGUAUUAGUGAUGUCUACCCAAGUGACAAAUUGAACGCGAGGAAGCAGGAACUGAUCGACGCCGCCUACAAGGCUUGCGACGAAGUCAUCGACAAGUUCAAGAAGGGUAAACUCGAGCGAAGUCCUGGCUGUGACGAGGAACAGACCAUGGAAAUAACACUUUCUGGUAUUCUGAGCAAAGUUCGAGCACAGUGUGCCGAUGCCUGUUUCGCGGAACUCAGCAAGUUCAACGCCCCUAUGACCAUGGCCAAGUGUGGUUCGAAGGGUUCCAACAUCAACGUCUCUCAGAUGGUGGCAUCUGUAGGACAACAAAUUAUCGGAGGACAGCGUGUGCUAGAAGGGUUCCAAGAUCGCACUUUGCCUCACUUUGCGAAGGCCAGUCGAGAUCCACUGGCCAAGGGCUUCGUUGCAGACAGUUUCUUCAGUGGCCUAACCCCUACAGAAUUCAUCUUCCACGCCAUGUCUGGAAGAGAAGGUCUGGUCGAUACCGCUGUCAAGACUGCCGAGACUGGUUACAUGUCUCGUCGGUUGAUGAAGAGUCUGGAAGAUCUGAGCGCGCAGUACGAUCUGACUGUACGCAAUUCAUCUUCAGGUGUCGUGCAGAUGAAGUUUGGAGACGACGGCCUUGAUCCAGUGGACAUGGAGGGCAGCGCAAAGCCCGUCAAUUUCGAGCGUACCUGGAUGCACGCGAUCACCAGCACUUGGGACAAUAGCGAGCCCACGCUAACUCUGGCGAAAAUCCUGAGCCAUGCGAACAAGACCCUCGACGCUGAGCGAAUCAAGCUGAAUCGCAUAAGCGAGGACGGCAAAAAGCUGGAGUACACCUAUGACUGGAACGAGGACAAGAAUCUGAAGCUAGUCGAUCAGUCCGAGUACAGUAGGACGUUCCUCGACGACAUCACCAAAUUCAUCAACGACCAGGGUAAAAAGAUGACUGAAAAUCAAGCCAAGCUUGAGGGCAGCCAGGAUGUAUUCAAAAUAUCGCAAUCUGCCCUUGAUCGCUUCCUGCAACUCUGUUUGAGGAAGUACGAGAAAUCCAAGACGGAGGCUGGCCACGCUGUCGGUGCCGUUGGCGCACACUCCAUCGGUGAGCCCGGUACUCAGAUGACUUUGAAGACUUUCCAUUUUGCUGGUGUCGCUGGUAUGUCGAUUACACAGGGUGUCCCCCGUAUCAAGGAAAUCAUCAACGCAAGCAAAGUCAUUAGUACGCCAGUCAUCAACUGCGCCCUGGACUCUAAAUAUGUCGACAUGGCAGGUCGCUUUGUCAAGGCACUCAUCGAGAAGACUUACCUGGGUGACAUAGUCGACUACGUCGAAGACGUGUGGCACAAUAGAGGCUGCUACAUCAACAUGCGCGUCAACUGGGACCAGAUCGAGAACCUCGGUCUCCGCAUCUCUAUGUGGCAACUCGUGGACGCCAUUGACCGUACGAAGGGAUUUAAAGCCAUGGGCGCUUCAGCACAGGCGGUCGGUCACCAUCACAUCCGCGUCCACAUCAACCCUCCCGAUGGUGGUGGAUCUAGAGCCGCACGCCGCCUUGUCGGCAAAGGCAAGCUGGAUGCCGGCGAUGGUUCAGAAGUCAUGUUCAUGCAACUCCACUCUUUGAAGCGACGUCUGCCAGCUGUUGUUGUCAAAGGAUACCCCGACGCCGCACGUGCCAUCAUCAAGAAAGAUGAUAAGAAGGAUCACACAGGGAAGGAGCCAAUUUCCGUCCUCGUCGAAGGCUACGGUCUGAAAGCGUGCAUGACUACUGAAGGUGUCAACGGAUACCUCACCAAGUCGAACAACGUCAUGGAGAUGCGCGACGUCCUUGGCAUCGAAGCCGCUCGUAAGACGAUCAUCGACGAAAUCUCCUCAGUCAUGGGAGGUAUGGACAUUGAUCCUCGACACAUGCAGCUUCUCGCCGAUGUGAUGACAUACAAGGGUGAGGUCCUCGGAAUCACACGUUUCGGUCUGGCCAAGAUGCGCGACUCCGUCCUCCAACUGGCAUCCUUCGAAAAGACACCAGAUCACCUCUUCGAGGCCGCUGCUAAGAUGAAGAAAGACGACAUCGAAGGUGUCUCCGAGUGCAUCAUCAUGGGCCAGAGCAUGGGAGUCGGUACCGGCGCUAUGAAAGUCGUUCGCCCGCUCAACAUCGAUGGCGUGGAGAAUAACGUCGAUCUGAAGGACUUCAAGGUGGUCUCGAAGGCUGAGAUUGCCACGAGGAAGGAUCGACUGAAGCAGAGACGCAGCGAUUUCUUGAUGAGUAUGACUAAUGGGCACGCGAUGGAGGUUGAUGUUGCGGCUUAG